AGCAACGUGCUGUUGGAACGUGCGUUCGCGUGGUUCAGCUCGUGCGCUCGCGGAGCAUUUAGAAUGAACGCAGUAGGCGGACUGCGACUGUCCGCCAGGUUAGCCCAGGCCGCCACUCGUCGUCAUUUGAGAGAGACGCGCAUAUUUUUCCCGGACAAUGUGCUCGAUUCGAGCGAUGAGCUGAGCAGCAUGGCCGACCCCGCGCAGUCGAACUCCGGUGCCAUGGAUCCCGCGAGCCUCCUGGCUGCCCUGGAUCCCAUUUUUGUGAAACACUGCGGAGUGGGUCAUUGUACAUCUUUUUACAAGGUUGUUCAGGAUGGCCAGGAGCUCUGGAGGGCUGAAGUUAGGGUGCCGUGGCCCCGGGAAAUGAUUGUCAAAGUCGAGGCGCCAUCCAAGACGGAGUCGCUUUUGGAGGCAAGGGCUCGCAUGUGCUUUGCUCUGCAGGAGCUGGGAAUCUUCGACUCCGAAAUCAUACCAGAGCCACCACAUGAAGGCGCAGGCGAACCUUGCCCUUCCAGAGCCAGUUCCAGCGGCGUCAUCCCACCCCCCUGUAGUCUAGGCCAAGCGGGCACUUCAGCGUCUCCAGCACUACCUGCUGGCCGGCUGCCGAGCACACAGGCACAGGAGACGGUCAGAAGAAGCCAGAGGCUUAAGUCAUGGACAGAAAAGAAGCAGCUGAGCCGAGCCAAGUCAGUAGUGCACAACAUCUACGCUUAUGUCUGCAAACUUAAAGAUGACAAGAGCCUGAUGGCGUCGUACAACUCAAGUGUCAAACAGGGCAAAGUUUGCCACUGGACAUCUACGGUCACCGUGACAUGGCCAUGCGAGCUGGCAUUUGAAGGCAAUGCCAGGAACAAGGCUGAGGCAGAGGCAUUAGCUGCUGCAGCGCUUGUUCAGUACCUUACAGAUAAAGGGCACGUAGAUAAAGACUUGAGCCCGAAGACGGUGUCCGACCAGGAGAUGCAACGGCAGAAGAACCAACGGAUUGCCCCAGUGUCCGUGGCGCUGCCCAAAACGUUCAUUCCCAACAUGCAGGAGAUACUCGCGGAGUUUGAGACCACCGUGGCCAAUGCACCACACCUGCCCGAUGAUGAAAUUGAAGAGGAGGCAGCUGGCAGUGACGUGGUGCCGGACAACGCCGGCGCCAAAAGAACUAUUUACGACAUCAUGACAGGAUGGCCGCUCACAGUGUCGAGCAAAUCCAAUUCCCGGAUAGACCGUGAGCUCAUGGCGAAAGAUUGAGAAGUCAUGGAACCACUGCCAGCGUGGAAGACUACAGCUUCCAAUAUUUGCACGCAGGGAGGAGAUUGUGAGUGCUAUCCACCGGAACAGUGUGGUGGUGAUUUGUGGCGAGACCGGAUCUGGGAAGACCACACAGGUUCCCCAGUUCAUCUUCGAAGACUACAUUCGGGGAGGCCAAGGCUCCAG